UGUGAAGUGAGUGAAGUGAAUGUUCAUGUUCUUUCUUCGUGUGCCGGCUCCAUACAAGUUUUUGGUUUACAGUUAUUAGAAUUAUUGUAUUUAAUUACUGAAAGUGAAACAAAAUGCACACGGAAACUACAAUAACGCUUAUACAAAUAUUGGAAAAGACUAUAUCACCGGAUCGAAAUGAGUUGGAAGCGGCGGAAAAGUACUUGGAUCAGGCAGCAGCCUCAAACUUCACCACCUUCAUCAAAAUGCUGUCUGAUGUAUUGGUGCAGGGUGGCAACAGUCAAGUAGCCCGGAUGGCAGCCGGGCUGCAGCUGAAGAAUCACCUCACCUCUAAAGACCCAACUAUGAAACAACACUACCAACAAAGAUGGCUAGCACUUCCUGAAGACAUUAGAUUAUACAUCAAGAAAAAUAUACUCACAGCAAUAGGUACGGAAAACAGUAGGCCAAGUUCUGCAGCUCAAUGUGUGGCAUAUGUUGCAGUGGCCGAGUUACCAGUAGGCCAGUGGAAUGACUUGAUACCUAUUCUCGUAGAAAAUGUUGUUAAUGCCCAGUCCACAGAACUUAAAAAAGAAGCUACCUUAGAAGCUAUAGGAUACAUUUGCCAAGAUAUUGAUGCGGAAGUACUAACAGAGCAAAGUAACCCAAUCCUCACAGCUAUAAUCCAUGGCAUGCGGUCCACAGAACCAAGUAACCAUGUCCGUUUAGCAGCAACACAAGCUCUUCUUAAUUCUUUAGAGUUCACCAAAGCAAAUUUUGACAAGGAGAAUGAACGCAACUUUAUUAUGGAGGUAGUUUGUGAAGCAACCCAGUCCAGUGAUAUGAGGAUCAGUGUGGCCGCUCUACAAUGUUUAGUCAAGAUUUUAUCCCUUUAUUAUCAAUAUAUGGAACCAUAUAUGGCACAAGCACUUUUCCCCAUCACUCUAGAGGCUAUGAAGUCUGACAUUGAUGAGAUCUCAUUACAAGGUAUUGAGUUUUGGUCUAAUGUCAGUGAUGAAGAAAUUGACCUUGCAAUAGAAGAGGCUGAAGCUGCUGAAGCAGGACGUCCACCAGUAAGAACCUCUAGAUUUUAUGCCAGAGGGGCUUUGCAGUAUCUUGCUCCAGUUCUUAUGCAAAAAUUGACCAAACAAGAUGAUUCUGAUGAUGAACUGGAGUGGAACCCAUCCAAAGCUGCAUCAGUGUGCCUGAUGCUCCUCUCAAACUGUUGUGAAGAUGAGAUUGUACCCCAUGUUCUGCCUUUUAUUCAGUCAAACAUCAAAAACGAAAACUGGCGGUACAGAGAAGCUGCUCUUAUGGCUUUUGGCUCAAUCUUAGGUGGUCUAGAAGCCAGUAUUCUGAAGCCUUUGGUAGAAAAUGCUAUGCCAACACUAAUUGAAGCCAUGUAUGACUCCAGUGUCGCUGUAAGAGAUACAGCCGCAUGGACCUUUGGCAGAAUUUGUGAAAUAGUUCCUGAAGCAGCAAUCAAUGAGACAUACUUGAACCCACUCCUAGAAAGUCUGGUUAAUGGAUUGAAGGCUGAGCCAAGAGUUGCAGCAAAUGUUUGCUGGGCAUUCACUGGCUUGGCUGAAGCUGCAUAUGAGGCUGCUGAAUGUGAUGACUCCAACCAGCCAAAAACAUAUUGCAUGUCAAACUAUUUUGACUUCAUAGUCCAGAGACUACUUGAAACUACAGAUCGCCAAGAUGCGGCUCAACAUAAUUUAAGAUCAGCAGCUUAUGAAGCACUCAUGGAAAUGGUGAAAAACUCACCAAGCGAUUGCUAUGUCACCGUUCAGAAGACUACUAUGGUUAUUUUGGAAAGGCUUCAACAAGUAUUACAAAUGGAAAAUCACAUUUCGAGUCAAGCUGACCGCUCUCAGUUUAAUGAUCUUCAAAGCCUGUUGUGUGCCACUCUUCAGUCUGUGUUACGUAAGGUGACGCCAGAAGACGCCCCUCAGAUAUCUGAUGCCAUUAUGUCAGCUUUACUAACUAUGUUUGCUGGCAAUGCUGGAAAGGCAGGUGGUGUGCAAGAAGAUGCUUUGAUGGCAGUUUCAACAUUAGUGGAGGUUCUUGGAGAAGGUUUCCUGAAGUACAUGGAUGCUUUCAAGAGAUAUUUGUAUGUUGGUUUAAAGAAUCACCAGGAACAUCAAGUGUGUAUAGCUGCCGUUGGUCUCACAGGUGACAUUUGUAGAGCUCUAAAAAGCAAAGUGCUACCAUAUUGUGACGAGAUAAUAUGCCUUUUGUUGGAGAACCUUGGAGACCCAUCCAUUCACAGAUCAGUAAAACCUCAAAUUUUAUCUGUGUUUGGCGAUAUUGCGCUAGGAAUCGGCCCUGAUUUUGCUAAAUAUUUUGAUGUAGUAAUGACUAUGUUGCUGCAGGCUAGCAAUGCCCAAGUUGAUCGUAAUGAUUACGACAUGGUAGAAUAUUUAGGAGAACUCCGAGAGAGUGUUCUUGAAGCAUACACUGGUAUUAUUCAAGGAUUAAAAGGUUCUGGUGGUGAAAUCCGCACGGACGUGGCGCUGGUGGAGCCGCACGUGCCGGCCAUCGUGAGCUUCAUGACGCUGGUGGGCAGCGAGCCCGAGCGCAGCGACGGCCACAUGUCCGUCAUCGCCGGCCUCACGGGCGACUUGUGCACGGUGUUCGGGCACCGCGUGCUGCCGCUGCUGGAGACGAAGCCGCUGCUGGACCUGCUGCAGGCGGCCCGCAAGUCGCGCACGCCGCGCACCAAGAUGCUCGCCAACUGGGCCACCAAGGAGAUCCGCCGGCUCAAGCAGCAGAUCCCCAGCUGAUUUGAGACUCCGCAGCACAACACUGAUGUAACUCAGUUUCAAACAACUUAUUGCUGGUAAACUCGAUAAUAUUGGCAGGUCAUAUCAUGUUAUCAUAAGUCGCCAGGUGCAUAUGCUGCCAUACAAUUAUUAUAUUUUAAUUAAACUACAUUAAAGCUACAAAUAAAAUAAUUAUCCAUUAAGUUAUUUUUAAAUGUUUUUUUUUUAAAGGAAGAACAUUGAUGUAUAAUUUUAUAUUUUUAUGAUAAAAUAUGGCAACAUGCAUGCACCUAUCGCAGCGUUCUUUAAAUUGUUUAGUAUGCCUGACCAUGUUCUAUCCGUAUUGAUCUUGAAAAGUUGAAGCAUUUUUCCUAUUUGGUAUUAUUAAUACAGACAGUGGCUGUGGUAUCUUUACUAUAUGAGAUAAAAGUGAUAAUUUGAAAGAGAGUCGUGUGAAAGAUGAUGUAUGUUAUUAUAGGCAUGCACAUGUGCAAGGGUUUGUGAAUUUUAUAAAUUAUUAUUGUUUUGUAAGUAAUAUGAAAGAUAUUAUGAUCGGCCGAGUAUGAAUGAUAUGAUGAAUGUGUGAACACAGAUGUUUUGUAACUUAGGCAUGUGUCAAUCUUAACGAAAAGUUGGUAUAUUGUAAGAUUCCGUAACGUUUCGAGACUGAGGACGCCAUAUUGGUGACUUAAAUUUUUAUUCAUCACAAAGUAUUUCUUUAUGUUAAUGUAUGUAAUGUUGUUCAAGUUAUCUGGUUGAUCCGCCGUCCGUAAGUUAAUUUUAUUAUACUUAUAUUGUAGAUAUUUAAUUUGAUAUCGACAUUUUUAUUUUAUGAAAUAAGUACAUCAGAUAAUAAAUUUAUAUUUCUACUAAUUCUAUACUUCCCAAUAGAUCCAAUUCCAUAUAAACAAUAUGCUUUAAAAUAACAAAUAAAAAAUUCUUGUGAUGAAUAAAAAAAAGUGUGCCUCUGAUCUCGUUGUUACCUUAAUUGUACAUAUGUAAUUAAAGGUCUCUUAUGUUACAAUGUUGUAGGUAAACUCGUACUGGCUACGGGAAAAUAUGGUAGAAGGGAGUAAAAUACGUAUAGCUUUAAACAUUCAAACCAUAUAAAUUCUUGAACUCGUCGAAUCUUAGUGGUAUUGUUUCUUAUAUUACUGAAAAUUUACCUUUUUUUUUUUCUUUAAAUGUAGACAUGUGUUUCAUCAUGUUUAUUCUUCGCUUAUUUAGUAUAUUUUUACUACGCUUUUAUUAUGAUACUAAUAAAACAUUAGGUCUGUUAAAUCAUAAUAGGGGUAAUAUAAAAUACGAAACCACUUAAUUAAAUCAGAAACGAAUAUCCUAUUACGAUGCAAAUAUUUAGUCGUUCAUAACAAUCAUAACAGAACAUCAAUUUAAUAUUAAAAAUACCUUUUUCGCUUGCGACCGUGGUCUACGAAUAAGCGAAAACCAUAAAAUUGUACAUCUACCCAUGUUUUUCAAAUAACCCAAAAGUGCUAAUUUUGCUCUUAAUAAUUAUAUAAACUUUCGAAUAAAUUAAAACCCCGCCACACUUCAGGUUGUUGGAACUGAUUUAUUUUGUAGGAGUAAAUAACAACGGAAGUCAUCUUACUGCAGAUAUAGACUUUCAAGUCAGAAUAGUCUUCUUGAGACAUUUUGUGAAAAUAGGACAUUGAUAAUUCUAUUCUUCUGAAGCAAUAGACAAUGUCCUCUCCAGAUUCGAAUAUACCUACUUUUAGCGUUAAUAUACUUAACUCCCGCUACUCGUGUACGAAUGUGGCAUUGUUAAAUAUUUUUCGUACACAAUUUUUCUGGAAUUCCGCAAUUGAAUGGAAUCAUGAAAUGCUAAAGGCCUUAAUUAGGUUUAUGAAAUCCACGUACAAGAAAAUUAAAUUCUUUAAUCCAAGAAAUUAAUCCUGUAUUGUGAAAAAAUACUUCCAAGCAAUCGUUGAGGGUGGAUUUAAACUGAACCUGUGUGUGACUUGUAAGUACUGUGUGUAACAGAAAGGGGUUAUCAUAUCGAGUACAACAAACGAGUCACCGGUUACAAAUAGCCUGGUGCCACGUGAAUCCCUAAAAUGAUUUCUUUUAUUUUAAAUUUUAUUUCAUGCAUUCCAUUUUAUUUUAUUAAAACUUGCACAAAGCUAUGCAGUAAACAGUUGUGAGGUCAAUAUCAAACUUAACGAUCACACCUCCAUUGUCUAACGACAUAAAUGUAACAAUUUUAUUCCAUACUAGAGGCCGCCCGCGACCGCUAAAAUCCGGCGGGAACUCCGGGAUAAAAAGUAGCCUAUAUAUUAUUCUGGGUCUUCAGUUCAAUCGGUUCGGUAGUUUUUGCUCACAAACUUUCGUAUUUAUAAUAUUAGUAGGAUUCCAUUUUAAAUAGAAUAUGGAAUAAAAUUGUUACUUUGACAUGAACCAAACCCAUGCUAAUCACUAAAAUUUUCAUUUGUACUAUGUAUAUAUUUAGUAUGUACUAAAUGCUAAAAUACUGCGUGCUUUAAAUUGCAAUAACGUCAUGAAUUAGUAAUAAACUUUCUGUGUCUAGUCUGUGAGCAUCACUGACAGGGAUGAUGUUUGCGCGAUUUAUGCAAGAAUAUUUAUGAGAAGUGUACAUUUUUACUUUUACAGUAUAAUCCGAUAUGUAUGUCGACCAUAUUCGUAGAAUGAUAAUGGUUAGUUCCAAAGUAAUAAAUAUCUAUGCAUACAUUAUAUAUACCUACUUCUAUUAUGUGUGAUAGGAGACUGUAUGAGGACUAGUGCCAUGCCAUGAAAGGUUCUGAAUUAGAAUCAUAGGCAUCAAAUCGAUGAAAAUACCACCCACUUAUCCUGCGUGAAUCAAAAAUCAAUUACAACUAUUUUGUUACGCCUUUAUUCCUUUCGAUUUACAACUACUUUCUGUGUAAACUGUUCUUAUAAUAAUAACACAUUAGAAGUUU